ACGUCAUGAUACUGGGCCGCGUUUUGCUGAAACCAGAGGAAUGCGACACACUUUGUAUUUGCUGCGAUGCUUUUCUGUGUUAAAACGUACUCGCGUUAUUAUUUUUGUGUACACGCCGACCUUCGUCAUCGGUCACCGGGUCCGGUUUCUUCCCCGAAGAAGUAACGACGAGGGAGUUUGAUUUCUUCGCGGAAACAACUUUGUAGCUGUUUUUCUUCUUCUUCUUCCCGGAGGUCUCCCGCAUGAGAUCAGGUGGAUCGUAAGUCGCCGGACCUGUGACUACAAGUGAGUUAUCGCGAGAGGAAAUGGCUACUUUUCCGCCUUGUGUCGAGGUGCGGCGGCGCGUCAAAACAAGUUCCGACUUCAGGUCUGAUGCUCGGCUGCAGCUGCCACAGGCGCCAUCAUGUUCACCAAAAAGAAGAAGUCUCGCAUCCAGAUCUCCGCUCCAUCCAACUUUGAGCACCGCGUGCACACAGACUUUGACGAGCAGGAGCAGAAGUUCGUCGGGCUGCCGCGGCAAUGGCAGUCGCUCAUCGAAGACACGGCCAAAAGGCCCAAGCCCUUCAUCGACGCCACCGUCAUCACUACUGUAGAGCCGCGCAAGACAAUUGUACGUGGCAGCAAGCUUGGCGUGGACGGCUCUCUGACCUGGCUGCUGGAUGAGUUUGACACCAUGUCCGUGACUCGCUCCAACUCCCUGCGACGGGGCAGCCCCCCAAUCCAGCCUCGCAAGGGCUCUAGCUCUUCAGGAGGAGGAGGAGGGCAGGAGAACGGUGACCCUCACUCCCGACACUACUCACACGCAGACAGAGACCAACCCAGACCGGAGCACCACCAGAGUGGAGGUGACCACCGCCAGGGUCCCCGUGUGCUCCGUCCUCAUUGGGAUGAGGGAGUCCAGUGUCGCCCCCAGCAGCAGCCCCGGGGCCAAGAGCCCAGCCGCACCCACAGGGACAGGCCUGGCUCCGGCCCUCCUCCUCCACCUCAUAGAGACCGAGAGCAUCGGGACCGGGGUCAGGAGCAGGUGGCUCACAGGGAUCAACCCAGUGAACUCAGGCCAAAGUCCAGCUACAUGGUGCGGGACAGCAGCCCUCAGUCUCCCAGGGACAAGAGGCCUCUCUCCGGGCCCAACAUCUGCACCCCUAACCUUCCAGUGACGGAGGGCGUGAUGAAGACUGCCCAACAGACCACGCGGCCGUUUAACACCUACCCGAGGGCGGACAGCGAGGGCGGACGCAGCCCCACAGGACAGCCGGUUCGACACCAGGACUCUUCCCCUAAAAACGGCCCCUCCAGCGGCUCCACACGAGGCUCCUCCAGCUCAAAGCCCCCUGUAAGCCACCCGCACCCUCAUCACACUUCCCACCCCAGCCUGACCCCUGAGGCCACCCAACACCCUCACACCCAGCACCCCAACGUUCCGGCCCCGCGCCCCCCCGCGCCCUCUGGGCCCCCGGCGUCGGGUGCUCCGCCCCAGGGCCGCUCGCCGCAGAAGGAGCCCCAGAGGGUUUCCCACGAGCAGUUCAGAGCGGCACUACAGAUGGUGGUGGAUCCCGGCGAUCCACGGACCUACCUGGACCACUACAUUAAGAUAGGGGAGGGGUCGACGGGGAUCGUGUGUAUCGCCACAGUGAAGACCACGGGGAAACUGGUCGCCGUGAAGAAGAUGGACCUGAGGAAGCAACAACGCAGAGAACUCCUCUUCAAUGAGGUGGUGAUCAUGCGGGACUAUCACCAUGAGAACGUGGUGGAGAUGUACAACAGCUACUUGGUGGGAGACGAGCUCUGGGUCGUCAUGGAGUUCCUGGAGGGGGGAGCGCUCACCGACAUUGUGACGCACACCAGGAUGAACGAGGAGCAGAUCGCCACGGUGUGUCUGUCCGUCCUGAAGGCUCUGUCCGUCCUGCACACGCAGGGCGUGAUCCACAGGGACAUCAAGAGUGACUCCAUCCUCCUCACUCACGAUGGCCGCGUGAAGCUGUCAGACUUUGGGUUCUGUGCCCAGGUGUCUAAGGAAGUGCAAAGAAGGAAGUCUCUGGUGGGAACCCCCUACUGGAUGGCACCAGAGCUCAUAUCCAGGCUGCCUUAUGGACCGGAGGUGGACAUCUGGUCUCUGGGUAUCAUGGUCAUAGAGAUGGUGGACGGGGAGCCGCCAUACUUCAACGAGCCGCCGCUCAAAGCCAUGAAAAUGAUCCGAGACAACCUGCCCCCCAAACUGAAGAACCUGCACAAGGUCUCCCCUCUGCUCAAGGGCUUCCUGGAUAGGAUGUUGGUGCGAGACCCGGCUCAGAGGGCCUCGGCCAGCGAGCUUCUCAAGCACCCCUUCCUGACGAAGGCGGGUCCGCCGUCCUGCAUCGUCCCCCUGAUGAGGCAGAACCGGAUGAGAUGAGACGCGCCACAACGAGCCCUCCGGACCGCGGAGGGGGCAGCGCGUGAUGGAACAGAAUACUCCUGCACACGGAUAGAGGUGGACCGCAGAGGUCAGAGGUCACAGCAGUAGAGAGGUCUGCGCUUCAGGGGCGGAGCUCUCGGAACGAGCUGCAGAGUGCAAGCUGGGUGUGCAGGAGUAUUCUCUCUCUCUUAUGUGAAUCACUGAACUGUGGGAAGUGUCUUCCCUAAAUAUGAGGCAAUAAGGCGGUGUGCUUGCGUGUGUGUGUGUGUGUGCGUGCGUGCGUGCGUGAGUGAGUGAGUGAGUGAGUGUGCGUGCGUGAGUGUGAACAUGUAAGUGUAUAAACAUAGUUGGCAGCACUGUUAAUGACAGUGUUUUAACGGCUCACACAUGGUGUGAGAGCAGAGGAGCCACAACGUGCCCGUCGAGUGAUUUAAGCCCAUUUUCACUCAAACAUUUUGGUUUUAAUUGAAGACCUGGAAAGAUUGUGGCUAUUUUUCCAUUUGGACCAUACCUGGAUUAUAAGUGUGAAGUUGGGGUUUUGCACACCAAUUGGAUGCUUUGGAGGAGCUGUGAGCCCGUUAGCGGAUAUUUUUAGAAACCGGUCGGAUCGUCAUUUUUAAUCUCACUGUUUUGACGCUCUGGAAGUCCGAAUGCCUCUCACUACAAAGACUUACUCCGCGGACGGAUCCCGGACUCGGACACUACCCUCGUCACACCCAGAACCGACUACUGAGGGAGAAACACUUUUGACUCAGUAAUGAGUCACACAGACUUUUAUUUUGUAGCCCUAUAAAUUCUAGCUUCCUGUUGAAAACACGCAAACAUACACUAAGUCGAAAAGGUAAACACUGGAGUUGUGUUUUUUUUUACAGAUGCAUUUUCCUCUUAUUUGCUCCUUAUUUUGAUGUGUAAGUACAAUGAACAUAGAGAGAGAUAUCAGUUUUGAUGUUUUGCUAUCUCAAGUUUAUGAAUGUUUUGUUGUUGUUGAUAUGAUUUGUUUCCUGGUUUAUUUUAGACAGAUGUGGUGAUUUUUGAAGCACUGUCCCGAGCGCUAAGAGGCUGCACUGCCGGUUGAUUCCAGCACGCAGAUGAUGGACACUUGAUAUUCCAUCGGGUCGUUUUGUAGACCAGAUGUGACUCAAUGAGUCGGAGUGAGUCACUCGAGCAGGAAGAAGGUUUACACCAACACAACAAUGUUCCCACUUUGAACUGAAUGGACAACAAAAUCCUUUUUAUUUUUACCGUAGUGUUUUUCGAAGAGUAGGCUUAUCAGCACAAAACUAAACGGUUCUUCUUGGGUAGAAAAUGAACCUGAGCUGCUUUUUAGGCAAUCGGCGAGUCGUUAGUGUGUUUUUUAUUCCGUGUUUCGCGGUGAUUCCUCGUAACGCCAUCGCUCCCCUUCAACAAACCGUUCUCCUGUUGCGUCGCCUCCGUGUUUGAUUUUCCUCGUUAUUGCAUCCUGAAUCCACCUCACGGACACACAUGGAAAGGAGUGUAGCGGAUCAGGUGUGCUUAUUGUUUUUGUGUUGGCGUCUGCAGGAAGAUCCAUUCUGGACACCCCUGAUGACACACACAUGACAGUCCUGUCACUUUAUGAAUUUACCCACCAAAAAUACUUUGCACCCGGCCUCAAUUGAUUUCACGAACGGGUGCAACAGGAGUGCUGCAGCGUGAUGUGUUUGUGUGGUCCAACCAGGAAGUUGGCGUUGCACUGGUUCCCCAGACAAAAAGCCAAUGGGAUUUGUUCCUCUGGAUUAUUGCAGAGAAUAAGAUCUGUGGCAAACAAAUGUUCAUGAUACUUUUGUUCAGCAAGAUAAUCUCCUCCACUUUCAUCAACCGCCUUUCUCAAGGCGCGCUAAAGCUUAAAAAUGCACAGGAAGGGCAUCUACUGAUGUAUUUUAGAUUUGCAGAACACAAUGUUCUCAUCUAAUCUUGUGUUAACCACAGACCUUAAACCACAAAACCCAUCGACUUCAAGACGGGGGAACCAGAGGUCUAUAAGAGGAUUCUGUUCCUUUGUCUCAGAAUGUGCUGAACACGGCUUUCAUGUUGGAGUAAAUCACCCUGUUGUGACAUGAUGUUGUGUUUUUUUUUUUCCCACAUCAGGACAUUCAAAUCAGUCACUGCAAAUGAAUAUUUACUUUCAAUUCCCCUGUGGUGUCAUCCGGCCUCGGCAGCCUGAAUGACACCACAGACCGCUCUAUUAUCGCCCCACUUGUGCCCUGAAGGAGGCGUCUGUCGCGGUGAGUUUCACAGGAGACGCCACUAGAGAUGCAGCUCCGCUGGGGUUCAACGUUCUCGAGCUAAUGCGACAUGAACGCGGCCCGCAGAACAUCCCCCUCUCGAGGUCGAGGCUGCUUCUUUCUUUACUCUGACUUUUCUCGACCCUGAAUGCCUCCUGCUGAUCUCGUGCUCCUUGAAGAUGAACACUCCCACUUUAAGAUGGCGUCUUCGGUCACUUUGUGUCGAGCCUGCAGGAGGGAGGCAGUGAAAAAAAGGCUCUGUUUUAUCGAGGAUUUCCAAAAAUAAUCAUUCGGACACCAAAUCUAAUAUUUACACGUUAGUUUUGGCCUAAAAAGAAGAAAUAAAUGGUUCAACCUUAUCGUUUAGUGGAUGGGAGAAAUAACCUUCGAUUUUUAAUUUGUUUCCUAAUCCAGAAAAGGCACAGGAGAAGAGGAUGAAGGCUUUUUGAAGCAGGAAGGAUUUAGUUUCUAACAUUGUGUAUCUUGUGUGUGUGUGUGUGUGUGUGUGUGUGUGUGUGUGUGUGUGUGUUUUCACACAAACCGAUACUGACUCACGGAUUACGAAACGUGUUGUGGGUUUCAUGUUGUCAUCCAAUGGCUCCGCUGAAUGACAAUCAUUCAUCAGUCACUAUGUUUUGAAUAAUCUUUAAACAUCCUUUGGGGACUGACAACAAAUAGACUUUAUAGUGAAGCUGAGGACCUGCUAAAUGCAUGCUGGUGCGUUUCCUGAUGUAUCUUUAGAAAAUAGAACAAACGGUCGUGUUAUUUUUCGAGGGAAAUAUAACUAGUUCCCUCCAAAAAUAACAUAACCGAAACCCCCACAAACUGAAUAGGAGUAAAAUGUCGUCAUAGAAUAAAGUGAAGCAGGUCAAUUGGAUGACAUGUUGUAGCUUCUCCUUGUUAAACAUUCCCGUCAUGGACCCUGAAGCCUUUCCUUCUCCUUCUGGUGUCGAGACGUUUGCAUUCAUCACAGCCGUAAUAAUAAAUAUGAAUUAGAAAGUGUUUUUGAGAAUCGAUGCAGUAUCACAAAACAUAAUCUAGUGAUUCUGUCGUGUAUCCAAACUCUUCUUGCACACCUAGUAAGCUGUAAUCUUGGGCCUGUGACUUUGUUCUCCAAAUACUGCAACAAAUGUAGCCUUAAUUCUCUAAAGAAAAUCCCAGAUUAUUUAUUUUGCUCAGUGGCCCAAAUACUGGUUCCUUUAGUGUGUUUCCUAGUGUUUGUGUGUGUCUCUUGUCCAAGUGUGAACUCCCACUCUGGUCAUACAGACUUCUUUGUUGUUGUUGUUGUUGUUGUUGUUGUUAUUCCUCAUCCCACAUCAGAUCAGUUUUCCUUUAAUUAUCAACGUGGACUACAUUUUAUUGGGCCGUGUGGAGGUUGUGCCCGCUCGUGACUUCCUGCCUUAACAUUUACAAUCACUACUUCCGACUGUUGGAGCUGGAGGAGCGCUUGUGACGCACACCUCAUGUGGUGUUCAGGGAACCCUUUUCUUUUUUGUGGGCUGAAACGUUUGACGCUUCAGAUCGAGGAGGAUGUUUCCGGGGUCGGCCUCCAGGCGGCGCUCUUCUCUGUUUACCAGAGCUUCCCAACGCUGCCCGUUGAUCUCUUUAUUGAUGGCCGUUCAGGGUUUAGUGCCUUGCUUUGCGGCCGUGCGUCUGGUUGUGAUCACAUCGACCAACCGGCAUGCGCUUUGAAACGUGACAAAUAAAAAGCGGAUUUUUGUUGCAGUUGUGCCAUGUUUUGUCGACUGUUCCUCCCACCAUCUGGUUUUUGUACAUUUCACUAGUGUUGUCAAAAACAUAGACUUCACUUUGCAAAUUUAACUUCUUUUCUUUUCAAAUACAGAGUUUGUAAAAGUCA